AUGGACGCUGUUGUGCACAUCCAGACAGGAAUAAAGAUGCUCACCGAUGCUUUUUUCAACUUCCCCGGUACGGAGGGUAACUCGCCAAAAGAAACUGAUACUUUAGAUACUAAUGAGAAAAAUGAGCUCGGCGCUGCUAAAGCUCAGGGCGAGUCGGAUAAAGAAAACGGAGAAGCGGACGGCGUCGACGGCGGCGAGUCUGACGCGACUCACUAUCGUAUCAACUUCCGCCAUCGCCAUCGCAUCCAGUGUGACCAAAUCGCCGUGGAUGCCACGACGCCGGUCGAGGAGAUGUCGGAUCCGCUGAGUCUUCUGUUGAAGGGGAACCAAGGGUGGGGCUAGCUGCUCGAAUCCUGUCCUCAAUUCACCACAUUUUCAGUGAGACUCUCGGAAAGUUCUUUCAAUUUCGCCAUGAGCUCAAGAACAGCACUUACAAAAACGUAAGGAUAAAGUACAUAGUUUCUUUGUUAUCGUCUUCCAUUCUUUCAGAAAUACGUAAUUCGCGUCGACAACCACAUGCUGACGUUUAGUGAGCGAGAUGACAGUGUGCUCAUUAGAAGUGCUCGUGACGCCACCGUCCUCAUAGGAUCCUCGGCCAAACGCAAUAUGGCGAUGGAGGAGCUCCGCAAGCUGCUCAAAAUGAAUUUCCGCGUCUGGAGUGCUCUCUUCACUAGCAACCGCGCGGAGCAGGUAAGCGGAUUAAAAUUUGGAGAGGAAGUCGAAUUUCAAAUUGUAGAUGGGGGAGAUGGAUUUGACCGAAUUUGCAAACUCAAUUUCCACCGAGAACCUGACAAUUAUGAUGGAUUCGUUUCAAAAUGUGGUCUCGAUUGCGAAACUCUUCCGGCCUCAGAUUGAGAAGCUCACGGUGCUUUGCUAUGAUGAUUACGGGGGUCUCGCGGAUCUGGAGCAGGUGGAAAACAGAAACUAAGCCUACGAUUGCUAUUCAGAUAAUUCAGGUCCGCAGUGCAAUCAACCUUAAGCUCGACGGACGGUCCUGUGUCAACGACGAGCAGCUUCUCAUGCUCCAGGCAAAGAACUUUGAGAUUUAUUCGGACGCUGUUACCUCUCAGGGUCUCAAUGCUCUUAUCAAGGUGCUCAUUAGUUGAGUGCGCUCUGAGUCACACAAAACUAAUUUUUAGAAGCGUCUUGCCGGAGAUAUUCCCGACGACGCGUAUGCCUGUGUUCAGUGCAACAAAUGCGGCUGGGUCCCAGAAGACGUUCUCGAAGGACUCGAGUACGUCGCCUACGCCGAUGACAAGGAGUACAGGGCCAAGAAGUGAGUUGCGAGAAUCAAGUGUGUUGGGAAGUACGUCACUCUUUUCAGCGGAAUUAUGCCGGUCAACGUCUACGAUCCGAUGAUGGUGAGCAUGAAAACCAACAAGCCAGAAGAACGCCUCGUCGUCGUCAUUUCGUCAGACUACUUCGAUUGCUUCAAAGAGUCCAAGAAGCCACGAGGUCUAUCCCACGAUUACGUCGAUUUCGAUUAA